GGGCGCCGCGGCCCGGCCCGGGUGGGUGUCGGAGGCUGUCAGUGCCACGGUGUCUCCUGCUGCAGGGCGAGAGAGAGAGAGACGGCGCAGGAGCCCUUCUUCAAGUCCGACCUCCUCCGGCAGCCGAUCUGAUUCGAUCCCUCCGGCCAGGAACCCCGCAUGCAGCCCUCACCCUGGAGCGGAGGCGGCGGAUCGAGGAGCUCUCAAGAUCCUCCCGGCAGCGGCUGGUCCAGUCCAGGGACAGGAUGUUCUCCAAGAUCACCUCCAUUCUGCAGCAUGCCGUGGAGGCGCUUGCACCAUCCCUUCCAUUGCAAGAAGAUUUUGUUUACCACUGGAAGGCUAUUACACAUUACUACAUAGAGACAUCAGAUGACAAAGCCCCAGUGACUGAUACCAACAUUCCAUCUCAUCUGGAGCAGAUGCUGGAUAUUUUAGUUCAGGAAGAAAGAGAAAGGGAACAUGGGGAAACGGGCCCUUGCAUGGAAUAUUUGCUGCACCAUAAGAUCUUGGAAACUUUAUACACUCUAGGCAAGGCUGAUUGUCCUCCAGGGAUGAAACAGCAGGUUUUAUCUUUUUAUACGAAACUUCUGGGAAGAAUACAACAGCCUCUUCUACCACACAUAAAUGUACACAGACCUGUGCAGAAAUUAAUCAGACUUUGUGGUGAAGUCCUAGCAACGCCCACAGAAAAUGAAGAAAUCCAUUUUCUAUGCACAGUGUGUGCAAAGCUCAAACAAGAUCCCUACUUGGUUAACUUCUUCCUUGAGAACAAGCUAAAAGGGAUGGCUUCUAAAGGAGCAGCAAACAUAAUUGUAGAAGACACACUAAAAGGCCAGGAUUCAGUGGCGGCAGAUACACGACAUUCUGUUCAGCCUGAAGAAACAUCAAGUGGAGCGGAGCAAGCUGAGAGAGAGAAUGACCUUCCUCAGCAGGCAGAUGACCUGUCCACAAGUCUAGAUGAAUUAAAUAUCCCUUCAUCUCCUGAGGCCUUGGAUGUGCGUCCACAUGGGGACUAUAAUUUAGUGAAUUCCCUGCUUAAUCUCACCAAAAGCCCAGAUGGCCGAGUAGCCGUGAAAGCUUGCGAAGGCCUCAUGCUUCUAGUGAGUUUGCCUGAGCCAGCUGCUGCCAAAUGUUUAACCCGGAGUACGUGCUUAUGUGAACUGCUGACGGACAGGCUGGCCUCUCUUUACAAAGCUCUCCCUCAGUCAAUGGAUCCCUUAGAUAUUGAAACUGUGGAAGGAGUUAACUGGGGCUUGGACUCCUACAGCCACAAAGAAGAUGCAUCUGCUUUUCCAGGGAAAAGAGCCUUGAUUUCAUUUUUGUCCUGGUUUGAUUAUUGUGAUCAGCUCAUUAAAGAAGCUCAUCAGACAACUGCUGCGGCCUUGGCAAGCUCAGUGCGGGAACGUUUUUUUGUUGGUGUAAUGGAACCCCAGCUAAUGCAAACUUCAGAGAUCGGAAUUCUAACAUCAACUGCCCUCUUGCAUCGUAUUGUGCGUCAAGUCAGCUCAGAUGCCUUAGUGCAUGAGAUGGUAUACUUUAUCCUUGGAGAUCAGAGAGAGCCAGAAAAACAGAUGGACAUAAACAGGCACCCAUUGCGACAUCGCUUAAUUGAGCACUGUGAUCACAUCUCAGAUGAGAUCAGCAUAAUGACACUCAGAAUGUUUGAGCACCUCUUGCAAAAACCUGAUGAACACAUUCUUUAUAACCUGGUUCUUCGAAAUUUGGAGGAGAGGAAUUAUACAGAAUAUAAACCUCCUUGCCCAGAAGAUAAAGAUGUGGUAGAAAAUGGCCAGAUAGCAGGGGCCGUAGAUCUGGAAGAGGAUCCAUUAUUUACUGACCUUUCUCCUGAUACCAUGUUGUCAAACCAAGAGUGGCUUAGUGCUUCUCCACCUGUCAGCCCAGAUCAUUCAAAGAAUGAUGGGAAGACAGAAGUUCACAAAAUUGUAAAUAGUUUUCUCUGUCUUGUACCAGAUGAAGCCAAAUCUUCCUACCAUGUGGAGGGUACAGGUUAUGAUACCUACCUCAGAGAUGCUCAUCGACAAUUCCGAGACUAUUGCGCCAUAUGCUUACGAUGGGAAUGGCCAGGCCUUCCUAAACCUUUGGAAAAGUGCAAUUUAGAAGCUCCGUUUUUUGAAGGAUAUUUUCUGAAAAUUUUGUUUGAUAGAAUGGGCAGAAUUCUCGAUCAGCCAUAUGAUGUCAAUCUGCAAGUCACAUCUGUAUUGUCCAAACUGUCCUUGUUUCCACAUCCACAUAUCCAUGAGUACCUUUUGGAUCCCUAUGUAAAUCUGGCUUCUGGCUGCCGCUCUCUGUUUUCAGUAAUUGUCAGGGUUGUUGGGGAUCUCAUGGUGAGAAUCCAGCGUAUACCUGACUUCACGCCAAAGCUUCUGAUGGUUAGGAAGCGUCUCCUUGGUUUAGAACCUGACGGCCCUAUUGUUGACCACAUGACGUUACUGGAAGGUGUGAUUGUGUUGGAAGAGUUUUGUAAAGAGCUUGCUGCCAUUGCCUUUGUGAAGUACCAUGCCUCGUCUACACCCUAAACAGACACUUGAAGUUGUUAGACUGCAAGACUGCCUUCGUGUUUCAAUAAAGGAGUGGGGAGUUUACUCUUCCUCGGCAAGAAAACAAAAAGCAAAGUAGUGGCAUUCACUUGAAGAACUCAUGGGACACAUUCAGAUUUUAGUACUUGCUUCUUAAUUGAUAGGUGGUGACCAAAUAUGGACAACUUACCCAUUAACAAUGAAAGAGACACCGGCUAAGAGAUAAGUUCAAAGAGCUGUGCACACCAGGACUUUAGUUAAUACAUCCUCUUAUUUUAAUGACCUUCUAGGAGGUAACAAAUUUUAUAUUUUAGGGUUCAUUGUCUUUUAAAUUAAAAGUAUUUUCCCCAUGUCA